AUGGUACGCGAGGUGGACUUGCGCAGCGCGGGCAAGGCCAUGACCCCCGCCUCGCUGCUGCAGGACGGCGAAGGCCGACCCACGCGCCUGGGGGUGACGGCACAGCUGCGGCAGCAGCCCUCGCACCUGGAGGCCACGCUGCGCCCAGCCUCGCUGCAACUGAGCUUCCAGCGGUGCGACCUCACGCGCCUUUUGGAUGUGCUGGCGCUGAACCUCGGUGGCACUAGCGAGCCAGCUGCGCCAAGCACCCGGCAGCCCUCGCAGGUGAGCUCCUUUCAUUCUGCGCGCGAGUCUGAAAGCACUACCACACAUCCCAGGACGAUGAGCUUCGAAGUUCCCAGCCGUCGCAGCUCCGUGCUGGCGGCGCCAAGGGCGCGGACCUAUGCCUCGCGGGCCCGCAGUCAGGAGUUUGCGCCACCCGUGCUUCCUGGGACAGACCACGCUGAGCCGUUUACCUUUCAGCUGACCACCCCGCCCUCACUGCGGAUUCAAGUGCUCUUCCGCGAUGAUGCCCCGUUGGCGGCUCUGUCCCUCGAAGGGAGCUGCGUCUGGGCGAAGGUGGGCAACAGCUUGGAGGUGGAGGUUACCUGUCAGUCCAUGGAGAUCCAGGACCGCAGGAAGCAGUCCAGGAAUGCCGACAAGUCGGUGCUGGCGGGCCGGGACCUGCGGCUGACCUACCGGCGGGAGCCGCCGAUGCGCUCGGCCCUCGCGGUGCGCCUCGGGGAGGCGCAGCUGCAGGUGCUGCCGCAGCUCUUCAUGGACCUGACCACCUGGGGCAUCGCGGCCUGGCAGCUCUGCAGCUGGCAGCCCAGGAUUUCGAGACCUGCCUCGGCUCAGCCGGCCGGCCCCAGGCCAAUGCCAGUCAUGCCGCUGCCAGCCUUGGGCUCCGCCAGCUUGCUGAUCGAGGUGGAGCUCGCAGGGGCGUCCUUCCGCCUGCCCACCGCCUGGGCCGCCAAGCAGGACUACUUCGAGUUCCGGGGAUUGUCCCAGGACAGCGCCUGCCUCAUCUCGCUGCUGGUCUGUGAGGCGGGGCUGGAGCUGUCCCGCGUGACGUUGCAGGGCUGCCGGGUGCAGCGCUGCAAGGAGGGCAACGCGGUGCUGAGCAGCGACUUCGGUCUCCGUGCCGCGGGGCGGACCUGGGCCUCCGGGGGUCAGAGCGGCCUCAUCCUGCGGCCAGUGGAGCUGCAGCCCUUCGGGCUGCGCGUCUUCCAACGGGACCUCGGGGCCUUGCAAAAUGCGCUGAGCGCCCUGGUGAGCCUCGAGGCGGACUCCGCGGAGCCUCUGGAGGAGCUCCUGGCGCGUGAUCCCCUGGCCAACACCACGGUGUCUUGCUGGAGCUUGGAGCUUCAUGGUGGCGUCGGCAUUCGCGAGCAGAAGAAUCAUUUGAUCGAUUUGCAAGUCCUGGACAGCCGGAUGCACGGCAAGCUGUUGGACGUGCGACUGCGGGUGCCGUCCAUUCAGGCAGAAAUCAACACGCAGACCAACUGUCCCACCCGCGUGCGGUUCUGCCUGACCGGGCUGGAGCCAGAGGUGAGCGCCUGCAACCGCACAGUGCAGGCCAUGGAGCCGGUGCUGCUGCCUCUGCGCCUGGACGCCGAGUUCCGGCGGGCGGAGAACUCCUCCGUGAUGAGCCUCAUCUCUAGGGAGACGCUUCACGUGGUGGUCACGCCUGCACUCAUGCAGCUGGUGACGCAGCUGCAGACCGAGCUGGCGGAAGCCCCUUCGGUCUACACCCCGCUCCUCACAGGGCUGAACUUGACGGAGGAGUUGGUGGAGGUGGCCGUGGGCGUGGAGUGGACCCCCCUGGCCAGCGGCGCGGAGGUGAACUUGGAGGACGGCAUGGACUUUGGCCAUUUGGAAAUCCGCGCAGACCAGGCGCAGCUGAGGCUUCCUUUGGUCCCCGGCCCUGCGAGACCCUUCGCCGAAAACAUGCUGGUUCAGGUGAUGUCCUGCAGCGGUGCCGGCACGGGGCAGCGCCUGGUGAUUACCUCCAGGCUGUGCUUGGUGAACCUUACGGACCUGGCCCUGGAAUGGCGCCUGUCCGGCACAGAGGGCUCAGUGAUGCUCGGCAUGGCUCCACCUCCAGCGGACUGCGCAGUGCUCGAGGCCGCCGCCGAGCGCCUCGAGGGACCGGCACCGGCGCCGGCGCCGUCGAGUCAGCUUCCCAGGCUGUCUCUGCAGCCCAGGCAGGUGGUGUCGCUACCUGUGGGCUCGCAGAACAGCGGAGCGCCGCUUGCGGUGCUUCAGCUGAGACCCACAGGCAUGGAGGAGGAGUUCGACUGGUGCGAGCCCGUGCCAGUGCGAAGCCGCGGCCACGACCAGACGGGCAGAAGAAGAAGCCGCGGGCGGAGUGUCAGCUCAGGCUGCUCAACGCGGGAUGAGUCUCCGGUGGGCCUGCGGCGGUGCAAAGGAAAAGGGGGGAACUCGAGCUGCCCUUUGCAGACGCGGCUGCUGGAGGAGUCUGGCCGCUGCACACUUCUGGUGGAGGCGCCGCUGAAGGUCUUCAACGGCUGCCCGGUGCCUUUGCUGCUGGCCUUCGACCCGGAGAUCCGGAAGGAGGCGCUGGGCACUGUGCCGGCGGGUGCGGUGCGCACAGGCGCCACGGUGAAGGCCUACGACGGCCUCGGCGGCAGCGUCUCCUGGGCUGUGGGCUUCGGCCCCGAGGCCCGCGGCGGAUCCGGCGGCGCCCUGGGCGACGCGGAGCUGGGGGCGCGGGGCGCGGAGCUGUGCCCGGUGCGCCCGGAUGGGCAGGGCUUCCUCUGGUGGGAGCUGGAGGGCCGUACGCGCCACGUGGCGGUGCCUCCGGAUACCAACGCGGUGGAGCUGCGGCGCAGCGCCCAGGGCCUCGAGUGGCGCUGCUUCCGCGCCGCCGCGCUGCCCAAACCCAGCGAGGUCUUGGAGCUGGCGCCCCAUGAGCCGCUCUCCAUCUUCGACCUGCCGCCGCAGCCCACGAGGCUGUCAGUGGCGCUGGAGAGCGAGCAGGGCCGCUCUGAGUGGACGCUGCCGGUGCUUCUGCCCGCGCUUGCCGGAGAGCCCUUCUUCUCCCGAAGCUCCUCUUCUGCCUUUGAGGUCUUGCGAGAGCAUCCAGCCACAGAGGAGGUGCUGGAAGUGCGCUGGGGCCGGGCCUUGCUGCCCCUGGUGGCCCGGCGCAACACAGCGCCCUGCGAGCUGGUGCUGGGCGCAAGGCGCUGGUUUGUGAACAACACCUCCCUGCCCGUGCACCCGGUGCUGUCCGAUGGCACACCCUUGCCGCGCCCGGAGACGGAGACAGGCGCUACCUUGCUGGGCCAUUUGCUGCCGCCCGCACUUGAGGCGCCGGUGGCCGGAGGCUGCGCGCAGGCUACGCAGGGCUGCUGUCAGAGGCUACGGGGCUGCUUUCAGAGUGCGCCAGAUCCCAACCUCACCUCCGCCAUCCACCUCACGCACGGCCUGGAGUCCGCCUCCGCACAGAUGCCAGGUGUCGGGGGCUUUGAGGACAUCAACUUUGCCGGGCAGGACUGCAUUUUGCGGGAGGAGAGCCUUGCUCUGUCGGUGACCCGCGGGGUGGACUGCAGCGUGGUGAGCCUCUGCCCCGCGCUGCUGCUCUACAACUCCUCCGCAGAAGACGUGGCGUUCCUCUGGCACGGCCAGGACCUUGCGGAAGCGGUGCGUGUGCGGCCCAAAACGGCCGCCACGGCGCGGGCGCCGCCGGCGCCGCCCGGCAGCAUGCGCACCUCCUUCUUGGUGCGUGAGCAGGCCGAGCGCAGGCUGCAGGUUGUGCUGCGGCGGGAGGGCCGUGUCUCCGUGUCUCCCGCCUUCUCGGUGGGAAGGGACCAAGCAGGCUGGGCAGUGGCUUGCGCCUUGGAUGGGGCCUUGUGCGCCAUCUCCUUAGACGAGGACCGGGGUGCCAUGGCGGUGUCGGUGGCGGGCGAGGAGCGAUGCCACAAGUUGCAGUGCCACCACCCGGCCCUGGAGGCUUUCCUCGAGCACGAGCCCAAGUGCCGCGCCCAGUUCAACGAGGCGGUGCACUUUGGGCUUCAGGAGGUGAAUCCGGAAGUGCUCGGCUCGUUGGAGAGCACCGUAGAACUGCAGCUGGGUGGCUUGACCCUGGCGCUGGCUGAGCCCCUCAUCUGUGAGGCCCAGCCUGAGCGCACCGCGGAGACGCUGAGUGUAGCCUUGGAUGGCGUCAAGGUCAGGCUGCGCCGCUUCAACAAUGACAGCGAAGAGUUCUGCUUGCGCAUCAACUCCACGCAAGUGGACCUGCGCCCAAAGAAGGCGCAAGACCUGCAGCCCAAAGUGCUGCUGGCCUCGGUGCGCAGCUGGCGAAGCCUGGAGGUGACGCCCUUCCUGCGCUGGAGCUGCGUGCGGCUCAGCCGCAGCGAGGCGCUGCGGCACUUCCAGUGCUGCCGCCUGGAGCUGGGCACCUCCGAGGUGACAAUCACCGAGGCGGUUUGGCAGGAGCUGGGCCGGUUCCAGGCCCCCAGCCUCCGCGGACUCCACCUGGAGGAGCUGCGGGCGCGGCAGCAGGUGUUGCCAGCGCCGCCGGCGCCGCAGCACCGACUGCUGCUGGAGCGGUUCAGCGUUGAGGCGGUGAACCUCAAGGUGUGGUGCUCCCUGUACCUGCCGGAGGCCACCUUCCUGCCGCAGAUGCUCCGCAGCGCCUUGGAGCUCAUGGGCCUCGGCACCGAGACCCUCCUCAUCGAGGGCGCCAAGGUGCGAGUGGCGCCGCAGCCGUGGCUGGUCGGCGCGGGCCCCGCGCUGGUGGGUUCCGCCUCCUCGGUGCUGGACGGGCUGUCCCGGGCCUACCUGCCGCAGGUACGCCGGAACGUGUUCUCGCUGGUGGCCAACUCGAACGCGGCCUUUGGAGGGCUGUUGGGCUUCCAGUGGUGGGGCCGGCUUUGCGGCUGCGCCCGCCGUCAGACGGUGAGAGCGCUGCGGCCUGCGCUGUGCACCGUUGGCCCGGAUGGCGCCAUCCGCGCCGAUAUGGAUGCUUGCGUUUCCACAUCCAUGUCCGAUGUGUCUGAUCAUCGCCGGACCUGCGGAAGGUGUCGGCUUAUCUCCGGCACCCUCCGCUGUUUGUGCCCGCGUCGCCGGUGAAAAGGGAAUCGACCCACGGCAGUGGCAGUGGGCGGGUCAUGUGCCA